UUACAGCAUCAUUAAAUCACAUUGGAAUGGCGAGAAUGAACGAAUGGGACGUCGCAGCAUCUGCAUUCCAACCACCCCGCGCGGUUGCCAACGCCACCCCACCUUCCUCCUCUUGGAGAGGUGCCCCAAAACCCUGUCCGCCUUCAACCAACUCCACGCCCACUUCAUCACCACCGGCCUUGCCCGCCACACCUACCCCCUCUCCCGCCUCCUUCUCCUCUUCUCCUCGCUCCCCUCCCCUCUCCCCUCUCUCCCCCACGCCGCCGCCCUCCUCUGCCAGCCUCUGGUCUCCUCCUCCUCCCCCUCCCCCUUCCUCCCCAACACGCUCGUCUCUUCCCUCGCCGACGUCGGCCGUCCCCACCUCGCCCUCUCCCUCUACUCCCGGGUCCUCCUCCUCCAGCCCCACUCCCCCAAGCCCAACAACCACACCUUUCCCUCCCUCCUCAAGGCCUGCGCCGCUGCCGGCCCCUCGUGGGUCCCAGUCGGCCGCGCCCUUCACGCCCACGUCGUCAAGUUCAUCGGCCACGACUCCGUCGACCACUUCGUCCGCGCCGCGCUGCUCAGCUUCUACUCCCGCUGCGGGGACGUGUCAUCUGGCCGCCGCUUGUUCGACCGCAUUCCAAACCCUGACCUGCCCGCUUGGAAUUGCAUGCUCUCGGCCUAUGCUCGGUGCUAUAGCGACGUCGAGGAUGCUGAUUCCGGCAUGCAGACCUUGUUUCUCUUCCGAAAGUUGCAGCUUUCCUCCACGUUUAGGCCGAACGAGAUCACGCUCGUGGCCUUGAUCGGUGCUUGUGGUGAUCUGGGAGCCCUAGGCCAGGGUAUCUGGGCACAUGCCUACAUCGAGCAGAAUCAUUUAAUCAUGAACCAGGUCGUGGCUACGGCUUUGAUCGAUAUGUAUGCAAAAUGCGGACGAUUAGAUCUUGCGGAGCAACUGUUCGUCAGAUUGUCUCAGAAAGAUGUGCUCUGCUACAACGCCAUGAUUCGGGGACUUGCGACUCACGGGCGUGGUCACCAGGCAGUUGAACUGUUCCAUAGGAUGACGAGCGAGGGGGUGGGGGUUGACGAGGUGACAUUUGUAGUUGUCAUGAGCGCUUGUGCGCAUGCAGGGUUGGUCGAUGAGGGGCAGAGAUUGUUCGACGAAAUGCAAGAGGAUUUCGGAAUCAAGCCACAGAUGGAGCAUUAUGGAUGUUUGGUGGAUCUUUUGGGCCGAUCUGGACAGCUUGAGGAGGCCGAGCAGGUCAUUCAAUCCAUGCCUAUGAAGCCAAAUGCGAUCCUUUACAGGUCAUUGUUAACAGCUUGUGGAAUUCAUAAUAACUUGGAGAUCGGAGAGCGUACGGUUGCACAGCUGAUACAUUCGGAGCCUGAGCAUGGUGGUAACUACGUUUUAUUGUCAAACAUGUUUGCCAAGAUUUGUCGAUGGGACGGUGUUAUGCAGGUGAGAAAGGUGAUGAAGGAGAAGGGUAUUGAUAAAACACCUGGUUCUAGUUUAGUCGAGGUUGAGGGAUCCAUGCACGAGUUCUUGAUGGGAGACAGAACUCACCCUCUUCUGAAGGAGAUCUACAAGAUGCUCGACGAAAUGGACAGAAGAUUGCAUGAGUUUGGAUACAUGCCAAGAACAAAGGAAGUGUUGUUUGAUGUUGAAGAGGAGGAUAAGGAAGAUGCUCUCUCCUACCACAGUGAGAGGCUGGCUAUUGCCUUUGCUCUCCUUACAUCCGAUCCGAGUGUUCCUAUCAGAAUUAUGAAGAAUUUGAGAGUCUGUGGUGACUGCCACUUGAGUACAAAGCUCAUAUCUGGGAUCUACAUGAGGGAAAUAAUUGUGCGAGAUCGAAGCCGCUUUCACCAUUUCAGGAACUGGACAUGUUCUUGCUCAGAUUAUUGGUAAACUUUUCUUCAUAUCAAUCAGGCCUCCUUUCAUCCUCAGCGUGAGGGACAGCACGUGCUCCGGGGUCUUCUCCUUCCCCACCACGUCGAUCUCGAACCUUUCCACCACGCAGGCUACGAUGGACUUCAUCUGUACAUACGCCAUCUCCUUCCCCAGACACAUCCUUGGGCCUGCAUGGAACACCGGGAAUCGGAACGGGCUUUCGGGUCUAAAGACUCCGUUCUCCAGCCACCUCUCCGGCUUGUACUCGUUGCAGUCUCGCCCCCAUAUGUCCUCCAACCUCCCCAUGGCGUAAGCGCUGUAAGUCACAAACCAUCCUUUGCCCACGAAGGUCCCGUCGGGCAUGAUGUCGUCUUCCAGGCAUGACUGUGUGUCGAUCGGUACCGGAGGAUACAAUCUCAUCGACUCCGUCACCGCUGCGUGGAGUAUCUUCUUCUCCACGUCGGGCCUCGUCGACAGGAUCCAGAAGAACCAUGUCAGGGCCGAUGAUGUCGUCUCCCUGCCUGCCACGAGGAAGUUUGUGACGAUGUCUCGCAGGAACUCCUCCGAGUUGUUCUUGUUGGAGGCGAAUCGAGAGAGGAGGUCGUGGUGUUCGUCCAGCUCUGAGGCUUUCUCCUUCCUUGCUCGAAUGAUCCGCAUGGCGUAACCGUGCACGACCGCGAGCAGUUCUCUCAGCCGCCUCUCCGACCCGAUGUCGAGCAGCUUCUUCACCCGCCACGUGAUCUCGAAAGCAUCCAUGAACCGGCCAACGAUCAGGUUCUGCGCUUCCUCGAAGGCUCUCAUGAAGCUCGAGGAAGUGGCAUCGGCAACGGCGUCCUCCGCGAGGCACGCGGGGUCUUCGUCGAAGGCGACCUUGCAGAUGCUGUCAAAGGCGAAGCGCUCCAAGACGCUCUGCAGAUCCAUCGUCUCGCCCUUCUCUCCCGCUCUCCUCAUCAGCGGCAGCAGCCUGUGGGCAAUCUCCGACUGCAUGGUGUCCACCAUGAAGUUGCGAAGGGAGCGCUUGCUGAACUCGUAGCUCGCCUGCUUGCGCUGCCCCUUCCACUCUUCGCCGUCCGAGUUGAAGAUGCCAUGGCCGAGGAAGUCCACCAGCAUGCGGAAGGAGCGCUCGCCCUUGGGGUAGUUCUCGAAGUUGGACUUGAGCACGUGUUCGACGUUGGAGGGGUUGGCGGUGAUGACACCUCCGACCUGCCCCGGGCUCCGGAAGGUCAUCGAGUGGGUGGGGCUGUGGACGAGGACGUCGGUGAUCCAGUCGAGAAAUCGGUGCCGGUUUUUGAGGAACUGGGGAAGGAGACCGAGCAAGAGGUAGGGCUUGAGGCCAGUGCAUCUGCUUCGCUCUGACCAGCUCCUGUAGAGGAAGAAGAGGCAGAGGGAGAGAGGCAAGAGGAGGAAGCAGACUAGCUGUGGGGAAGAUAGCUCCAUAAGACCUGGUAAUUGUCUUGUGUCAGACUGCUGGCUUCAAUGGCUUUUAUGGACGUCAAACUUGGUGGAUAGAGCAAGAAGAGGACUGCACCAAUAAACAAAUGGUGGUGAUUGAAGUCUUCUGGCGCCACAUGCCCUGCUUUCUUGGUGACCAAGGAAGAGGCAUGCUUUCAAAGUAUGGCUACUAAGUAUAGGAAGCUUUCAGGUAGUGUUAAUAUCAAACCAAGAUUCUCAUCUUCCAAACCAUGUGCGUUGUUUUUGUAGUUUUCUGUGUUCAUCUUGUGAGAGGAAUGUGACUGUGAGAUGACCAGUUUCACUCUAUGAAUGUCCGUAGGCGACUGUCAGUA